AUGGACGCGGAUCAGAAGCGAGCGAGCUUUGAGCUGCAGCAGUUUCUGGAGCAGGAGAAGCAGAAGGCGAUGCUGAAUGAGCUGGUGGCGAAGCUCACGGAGGUGUGCUGGGACAAGUGCGUUACGGCCGCGCCGGGAACCAAGUUUAGCGGAUCGGAGUCUUCCUGCCUAAGUCCUCACCGCUCUUUACCCUACCCGUUUUCUGAGCCCGCACCUUUCCCCCGCCUUCUCCCCUCUAUUCUCUCUCUUUUCCCCUCAUUCCACCCUCCCUUUCCCCACCGUCUCUCCCUCCCUCCUCUCCCCCUCACUGUCUUCCUAUUCUCCCUCCACCUUUCCCCACCUCCCGUACUUGAUAUCGUCUAG